CGCGGCCAGUCGCUUCCCGCGCGCCCUGCGACUCCGCGGCCUCUCGCCCCGCGACCCAGCAGCAUGGCCGUCAAGAAGAUUGCGAUCUUCGGCGCCACCGGCAGGACCGGGCUCACCACCCUGGCGCAGGCGGUGCAAGCAGGUUACGAAGUGACAGUGCUGGUGCGGGACGCGUCCAGGCUGCCCUCGGAGGGGCCCCAGCCAGCCCACGUGGUUGUGGGGGAUGUUCGGCAGGCGGCUGAUGUGGACAAGACCGUGGCUGGGCAGGAUGCCAUCAUCGUGCUGCUGGGCACCGGCAAUGACCUCAGUCCUACCACAGUGAUGUCCGAGGGUGCCCGGAACAUUGUGGCAGCAAUGAAGGCCCAUGGCGUGGACAAGGUCGUGGCCUGCACCUCGGCCUUCCUGCUGUGGGACCCAGCAAAGGUUCCCCCAAGACUGCAGGAUGUGACUGAUGACCACAUUCGGAUGCACAAGGUACUACAGGAGUCGGGCCUGAAGUACGUGGCCGUGAUGCCCCCGCACAUAGGGGAUCAGCCGCUGACUGGAGCCUAUACAGUGACCCUGGACGGACGAGGGCCUUCAAGAGUCAUCUCCAAACAUGACCUGGGCAACUUCAUGCUGCGCUGCCUCACCACGGAUGAGUACGAUGGGCACAGCACCUACCCCUCCCACCAGUAUGAAUAGGGCUCUGGCCCAUCCUGGGAAAUGGAGAACAAAGGAAGGGAGCAAUAAAUCUUGAGCCAAGAGCUUCAAAUUAUUCUAGAA